AAUUUGAUCUUUUUGAUGUAAAAAAAUUUUGAUCUUCAAUAGAUUAUGAUUGGCCAUCAAUUUUGCAGAUUUGUGUGAUGCGGAAUCUCUAGUACAGUACUUUUUAUCGUGUUCAAAAAAUGGAAGGAAGUCAAAAAGAAAUAAAUUUGUGCUUAUUAGACGCAAUUUCUGUUGAAAAUGUUUCUCUUGUCGAACAACUUUUGGAACAGGGUGCAGACGUAUGGUUCAGAGACGAAAAGGGAACGAGUCCGUUGCAUUUCGCAUGUUCAAAGGGUAAUUUAGAAAUUGUUAAGCUGUUACUUCAAAAUGGUCAUGCCUGGAAUGCUAUUGACAAUGAGGGAAGCACAGCUGGAGAAUAUGCUAAGCGUAAAGGUCACAAUUUGGUUUAUGAGUUGCUUCUUGAAGAGGGUUGUAGAGCUGAAUUGAUACUCGGGUUACUUAACUCGAAAACAGAAAAGGACGAACAGCCUUCAAAUAUUAAUUUCCUGUUACAACCUCUGAAGUACUCACCAGAUGGUACAAAAUUACUUGAUUAUGAAAAUAAUGGAGUCAUGAUGGGAUGGGAAAAACCUUUAAUGGAAAAACAUGCCGAAAUUAUAUGCAUUAGAGAAGGUCUUGAUAUUUUGAAUGUGGGAUUUGGUUUAGGACUAAUAGAUACCGCAUUUCAAAAAUAUAAACUUCGUAGUCAUACAAUAAUUGAAGCUCAUCCAGAUGUUUAUAAAUUUAUGAUGGACCGGGGUUGGAACAAUAAACCCGGUGUAAAAAUAAUUUAUGGCCGUUGGCAAGAUGUUAUAGACCAACUUGGUACUUAUGACGGCAUAUUUUUUGAUACAUUCGGGGAAUAUUAUGAAGAUCUACGUAAAUUUCAUGAAAUAUUGCCAAAACUUCUCAAAUUUGAUGGAAUAUAUUCAUUUUUCAACGGAUUAGGUGCUACUAAUACGUUUUUUCAUGAUGUUUAUUGUCGUAUAGCAGAAAUGCAUCUAACAAGUGUUGGAUUGCAAACAGAGUAUAUUGAAAUUUCAAUCGAUCCUUCUAACGAUAAAAUAUGGGAGGGAGUCAAAAGACGUUAUUGGACUUUAGACACGUAUAGAUUGCCAAAAUGCCAAUUAAUGUUGGAAAUAUAAAUUUUGUUUAUGAUAACUUAAUUAUCGACCACAUAAAUGUCUUUCGCACUAUUCAACCCAAAGGCGUAAUUAUAUAGACGACUGUCAAUCCAUAUUUCUUCAGAAUGCUGUUGUUGCAACUCUAAAUACAAAUAAAUGUUCAGUUAGUAAUAAUUAGAAUAUAAAUGUUUUUUAAUAG